AUGGUUAGAACUAGAGGGUUAAGUCGUGCCUUAGGCAAGGUUAUAGGAAGAGCCCUGGGGAGAGAGAAUCAUCGUCAUUCAGAUGAUGUUCCGCAGACGCGAAGGCCUAUAACAUCCACACGUAGGCAACGGGAAGCUGCCGAUGUUGCUGAGGAUUCUCCUGACGUGACUAGAGACGUAUUUCGACAUGCUGAAAAAGCUAUUGAUGAUGCUGAGGGAUUUUCUGGUGGGCCGCAUGAUCCAUCAGUGCUGACUGCAUAUGGUGAGCAUGUUGCAGAACGUCCUGAGUUGAAGCAAUUGAAGCUAUCCUUCCAUGGAAGGAAGGUUCAGAAAUUUGGGAGGCCUACUCCUAAAAUCGAAGGGCCGAUCGCUGCCACAGGAUUAAGUCCUUUAAUCGCAUGUUUAGUGGACACUGGCGAUCGGGGACUUAUAUCCGCUUUUGUGGAGAGGUGGCAUAAGGAAACGAGUAGUUUCCAUCUUCCUAUUGAUGAGGUGACCAUCACCCUGGAUGAUGUGGCCUCUCUGCUUCAUCUUCUUAUUAUAGGUGCAUUCCAUAGCUUCGAGACUAUGCAUGUCGAUGAAGCGGUCUUGAUGUUGGUAGAGUUACUUGAAGUCUUCCGAGAGGAAGCUAGAGCUGAGACAUGUUGGAUAUAUGAGCAUUUUCCCUCUGUUGUUGAGUCUUUGAUGGAUCCAGACUAUGAUGAAAUGUCACCAUGUGCAUGCUGGUGGAUUUCUACGAAGGCUUCUUCGAAGUCAUUGCUAGCAUCGACGUUCCGGAAAUGUCUACAUGGACUGACAAUUGUUGAUGUUUACUGGAUGCCUUAUGGUGACCACCAUGUAGUGCGGGAUUUUGAUCUGAUUUCAAGCUUUUCAUGUCAUAUCUGA